AUCUUAUUGGUUUUUUUUUCUAUGUAUGCAUUAGCUGCCUUUUGUAAAAAAAAGUUUAUAGAAAAGUUUGUGUUUCUUAAAUAAAUCUAGCGAUUCAAAAGUUAAAAUUUGAUAAUGGAAAAACGUUCUGAUGCGGGAAAUGAAACAAAUGUCAGUGUAUCAAAAAAUGCAAGCUCUAAUUCGUUAGACUCUUCCAAAUCAAGUUCAUUGAAUUCAAAAACAGGAGUGGAAAAUUCUGAAACUCGAGAUCCACCCUUUGAAUACUUAAUUGGAGAAAAGGAGCAAUAUCAGAAAAACGAUGUAACAUAUGUUUGUAAUUAUCGUGGAUUAUCAUUUGGGACGUUGACCAUUACAAAUUACAGACUUCAUUUUCGUUCACAUCCUUCAACUGAUCGUGAUGUUUUAAUUAUUAUUGAUGUACCUUUGGGAGUUAUAUCCAGAGUAGAAAAAAUUGGUGGUUCAACUUCGAGAGGAGAAAAUUCCUAUGGUAUUGAAAUAUUUUGUAAAGACAUGAGAAACUUACGUUUUGCUCAUAAGCAACAAAACCAUUCCAGACGUACAGUAUUUGAAAAAUUACAAACACAUGCAUUUCCUUUAUCGUGUGAUGGAAAAUUAUUUGCUUUUUCGAAUCCAGAACAGUUUCCUACAGACGGAUGGUCGGUCUACGAACCCAUAGCUGAGUUUCGAAGAAUGGGUAUAAAUAUGACGAGCGAUCCUUGGAAAAUAACAAAAAUUAAUGAAAGUUAUACGUUUUGUGAUAGCUAUCCAGCAGUGUGGGCAGUACCGAAAGCUGCAAAUGAAGAUUUAUUAAGGAAAGUUGCACAAUUUCGAUCCCGUAAUCGUCUUCCAGUUUUAUCAUGGAUCCAUCCUGAAACACAAGCGACUAUUACUAGGUGUUCCCAACCUUUGGUUGGUGUUAGCGGGAAAAGGAGCUCUGAUGACGAGCAUUAUUUAAAUUUGAUUAUGGAAGCUAAUGCACAAUCUGACAAACUUUGUAUAAUGGAUGCUCGACCUAGUGCAAAUGCUAUUGCAAAUAAAGCAAAAGGUGGUGGAUAUGAGUCUGAAGAAACAUAUAAAAAUGUUGAAAUAUUUUUUUUGGACAUACACAACAUUCAUGUAAUGAGAGAAAGUUUACGAAAAUUAAAAGAAGUCUGUUAUCCUACAAUUGACGAGCAAAAAUGGUUAACCGCUAUAGAAAAUACCUUAUGGUUAAAACAUAUCAAAUGUAUCAUGGCUGGCGCGGUUCGCAUAGUUGAAAAAGUAGAAAUUUUAAGCACAUCUGUUUUGGUUCACUGUUCUGAUGGCUGGGAUCGUACAGCGCAAUUAACAGCACUUUCAAUGUUAUUACUUGAUCCAUAUUAUAGAACUCUGAAGGGAUUUGAAGUUCUUAUUGAAAAAGAAUGGUUGAGCUUUGGGCAUAAAUUUCAGCAACGUAUAGGACACGGAGAUAAUCGGCAUUCAGAUGCAGAUCGUAGUCCAGUAUUUUUACAAUUCAUUGAUAGUGUAUGGCAAGUUAGCAAGCAGUUUCCAAACGCAUUUGAAUUUAACGAACAUUUUCUCAUAACAAUCUUGGAUCACUUAUAUUCAUGCAGAUUCGGUACUUUUCUGUUUAAUAGUGAAGCAGAAAGAGUCAAAGAAGACCUUAAACAUAAAACUGUGUCUCUGUGGUCAUUUAUAAAUUCUUCACUUGACGAUUAUCGUAAUCCUUUUUAUUAUGCUAAUCCAGACGGUGUUCAACUAGUUUUAAAACCAGUUGCCAGUAUGAGGCAUAUUUUAUUAUGGAAAAGUUUGUAUUGCAGAUGGAACCCAAGUAUGCGGCCCCAAGAUGCCAUAUAUCGAAGAACUCGAGAGCUAUUAGCUCUUCAAGAGCAACUUCAACGACAAGUAAAUGAAUGUCGAGCAAAAGGAAAUCCAAGAGCAGCACAAUCAAGUGGUAAAUUAGCAUCACCCUUGCAUUAGAUGAUAAAACUUCGUACAAACUGCACACUAUAUUAUUUAUUAGAGCAAGAAGUAAUAAUUAAAUUAUCUGUAGAACUAUCUUAUAUUAUUAAUUUUUAUGUAAAUAAACUGUAUAAAUAUCUAAA